AGAUGAGGCUGAAAAUGGCAAAUUAUUAAAUUCAUUACCAUACAUACCAUGAAAUCACACUACAUAUCUAAAACUUCAAUAGGGAUCCAUCCAUUCAUCCAUUCCCUCUGAAAACAUCAAAACAAUGGUUUCAAUCUCUGCAGCCAUCCCAAUAACCCUUUGCCUUUUGAUCUUCUCUGCUAAGCCAAACACAUGCCAGAAGACAAUAGAAGCCCUGUGUGCCAAAACCAUUGACCCCGGCUUCUGCCGCCGUGUCCUCGCCGCAAGCCCCACCCAAUCGCCGGACGGCCUGCUCAAGGCCGCCGUCUCGCAGGCGGCCGCCGACGCAGUGGCCACCGACGAUAUAAUCAAGAGCCUUCUCAACCAACCCAAUGACCCCAACCUGGUGGCCUAUUUCCAGUGCUCCAAUUACUACAGCGCCGCCGUGGCGGCUCUGGACGCCGCGUCUCAGCUUCUGGGAUCUCGCCCCGCUGCUGAUGUCAAGAACGAUGUUGCCUCCGCGGCGAUGACCGUGCAAAAAGAUGGCGAUCGCUGCAAGGCUUCGUUCGACAAUGGGGCGAAACACGCCCUCUCCUCGGAGAAUAGGAGGCUUAAGAUUCAUGGAAAUAUUAUAUCAGUUGUUUGUGAUGCCAUAUGAAUGUGAAAAUCAAUAACCAGACAGGUC